AUGGACAAGGACCCGGAAGGGUCGGAGGAUGGUCGGUCCUCCACCAGAGGUGCUGACUCUACCAGAACUGCAGCUAAAAUUGGAAAACAAGAUGAAAAUCCAGCUGUGCCAGAUGACAGCAGCAACUCUACCAUCCAGAUGCUGACGACUAUCACUGAAAAGCAGGCCCGCCAGAUACAGCAGCAGGCCCAGCAGAUUGCAGACCAGGCGGAUCUUAUCAAGAGCCUCAAUCAUAGUAGUGACCGCUUGACGGCCCAGGUUACAGCACUGAAUACACAGCUAAGUAGAAAUUCCCGUAGUGACAGCCUUCAACGUAGACCUGAAAAUCAGGAUCCAAUUGACGACGACGCUCUUUCUGAUGACAGCGUACGCUGCGACGGGUUUACGCCAGCUAGACAAAGGAAAAGACAAACAACGACUAGACAUGCCACAGAAGACUUCCCCCCUUUACCGACUCAAUCUGCACCUACAGUAACACAUCUUUCACAAAUUAAUACUCAUCCACUCAUUGAUACAUCGCACAUAACUACUUCACAUACACAGACCUAUACUAGUGCUGCACCUUCUGGUUAUGCCAGCACAGUGGCGCUGCAGCUUCAACCAAGGCGCAUCACUCCGGUCGUGCUGAGGGAGCCAGAAAAGUGGAGAAACAUCAAUUAUCAAUUUAUUAGUCUAGGGAUUAAGAUAGAUCGCGCGGUAGCCGAGGGCGAUUACAGAAAGAUAAUUCGGCAUUUCAAAGAGCAAAAUAUUGUUAAUCAUACCUUUCCUCUGCCAUCGGAAAGAAACAUACAUGCUGUCCUACGCGGUAUCCCCGCGUCACUCAACGAGGAAGAGAUAAAGCAGGAGCUGAACCAGAAAGGAUAUACCCCUCUGAUCAGACUAAAACGCAGUGGGGGCACUCCCAUGUCGUUGGUAGUGGUGAUGCUGCCUAAAAUCGAAAAAUCACAUGAAUUAUUCAAUGAAACAGAACUAUUAGGCCUGUCCAUUGAGGUCGAGGUUCAGAUAAAUAAUAAACUCAUUGGCCAGUGUCACAGCUGCCAGAUGUAUGGGCACGCCCAGUCUUACUGUACAGCGUCACCCAAAUGUGUGAAAUGUGCACAGAACCACUUAACACAUUUGUGCCCCCAAACAAGACAGGAGGUACGCAAAUGCGCAAACUGCGGGGACGGGCAUGCAGCCAACAGUCCAACGUGCAGGUGCACUCCUAAGAAGAACUUACAGGUUAUAGCCGAAAGGCGCAAUAAAUCUUAUGCUGAAAUAACAGCCAAGCCUUCAGCUCCUGCCACUUCAGCCGCAGCUCCUGCUUUCAACUCUCAACAAGUAGACCUCGUGACCGCGCUCAAGUCACUCCAACAAAUUAUUACUCCUCUGAUAAGCGCAUAG